UAAGCUCAAACGUGUAAAGAAAUUUUUGUUUUGGUUUCGUACGCAGCAAAAUCCUGAUCCUGGAAGCGCUCCGUUGGAUUAAAACCAGUAAAAUACCCAUUGAAAAUAGUGUGCAAUGGCUGCCGCAGUAGCUCCAAUGCGUCCGUGGAAUCCGGCAUUCCAGCACUCGGACCGAGAACGGUGGGUUUGCAUCUAUCCGGCGUAUAUCAACAAGAAGAAAACUCGCCAGGAAGGUCGUCGCAUCCCGAAGGAACAAUGCGUCGAUAAUCCGUCCUUCCAGGAGAUCCGGGACAUUAUGCAUUCGCUGAACCUGAACGUGAUUGUGGAGAACAAGCAGUAUUCGCGGGAGAAGAGUAAGGAACUGGCCUUCCGUGGGCGGAUUCGGGUGCAAUUGCGAAACAACGACGGGAGCCCCAUUCUGAAAGAGUACCCCGACCGUGACAGCUUGUUGGUCCAUUUGGGUAAGAUGAUUCCGCAGUUGAAAACGAGACAAGGUAAACCGGCGGAACCUCAGGCGCAGGCCAGCACUUCCAGUGGCGGAGGAGCCGCAGGAGGUGGACAGUCCCAUAAGAAGGGUAAGGGCAAGAGACGGUAGAUUGGUUUCGGUUUUCGGUUUGUUUCAAAUUAAUUUGGGUAUUUAAUUUUGAGGAAAUGAAUAACGAUUGUUUGAAAGGUGA